UGCUUUUCUUCUUUUAUUUUCUUUAUUUGAUCAAGUUAUUCACAUCAUGGAAGAGAUUGGCAUUCAUAUCAAACCCGAGACCAAGGAAUUAGUGGGUAUUUCUAAAUCUACUCAACUGGAAGACUUGUCAGAAGGCGACUUGUAUGUCAAAUUGAAAAAGCUUCAACGCGACUUGGAAUUCAUUGAACUUCAAGAAGAAUACAUUAAAGAUGAACAAAAGAACUUGAAGCGAGAGCUUGUUCGAGCACAGGAAGAAGUCAAACGCAUCAAAUCUGUCCCACUUGUGCUUGGACAGUUCCUUGAGCCUAUUGACCAACACACAGGUAUUGUAGGUUCUACUACUGGAUCCAACUACGUUGUUCGUAUUCUCAGCACGAUUGACCGUGAAUUAUUGAAGCCAAGUUCAUCGGUUGCCUUACACCGCCACUCAAAUGCACUUGUGGAUGUGUUACCACCUGAAGCCGACAGUAGUAUUGCUUUGUUAGGUGCUGAUGAACGACCUGAUGUUGGUUAUGCUGAUGUGGGUGGUUUGGAUAUCCAAAAGCAAGAAAUCCGUGAAGCAGUCGAAUUGCCCUUGACUCACUUUGAUCUUUAUCGCCAGAUUGGUAUCGAUCCUCCUCGUGGUGUCUUGCUUUAUGGUCCUCCAGGUACAGGUAAAACCAUGCUUGUGAAAGCAGUCGCACAUCAUACCACAGCCAGUUUUAUUCGUGUGGUGGGUUCUGAAUUUGUACAGAAAUACUUGGGUGAAGGUCCACGUAUGGUGCGCGACGUGUUCCGAUUGGCACGCGAAAACUCACCUUCCAUUGUCUUUAUUGAUGAGAUUGAUGCUAUUGCUACAAAACGUUUUGAUGCACAAACAGGCGCUGAUAGAGAAGUACAGCGUAUUUUACUUGAAUUGCUUAAUCAAAUGGAUGGUUUUGACCAGACUUCAAAUGUCAAGGUCAUUAUGGCUACAAAUCGUGCUGAUACACUGGAUCCUGCCUUGUUGCGUCCCGGUCGUCUUGAUAGAAAGAUUGAGUUCCCUACACCUGAUCGUCGUCAAAAGCGUCUUAUUUUCCAAACAAUCACAUCCAAGAUGAAUUUGUCUGAAGAAGUUGAUUUAGAAGAAUUUGUCUCACGACCUGAUAAACUGUCUGGUGCAGAAAUAGCUGCCAUUUGUCAAGAAGCUGGUAUGCAUGCUGUCAGAAAGAACCGUUAUGUUAUUCUAAGUAAAGAUCUGGAGAAGGGUUAUAAGGCCAAUGUUAAGAAAGAAGAUUCCAACUUUGAAUUCUAUAAGUAAAGAUCUUAUGUCAGUUAAUAAACAAUUUUUUUUUUAUAUCUAUGAAA